CUUAUUACUGUAAUUAUUGCCUUUAAUAAGGUACAGUAUUAUAAACUAUCGUUUAUAGUGAGCAAUAAUAUAAUGUAUAGAAAUAAAAAAGCUGGCCGGGAUCGGGCCAAUAUAAUAAUGGGGAUGAUCGAUGUGAAUUCAUGUGAUUGAGCAAUAUGUAUGGAUGUACUUGGUUCGCAUAGGAAAUUGAUCAAAUGAAAUGAGCAUGAUGAUGAAGAAGAAGUCAAAGGAGAAUGGUCAUAAAUGUGAGUUGGCUGAAGUGCGGCAGCGCGCCACAUACGUAGCAGAAGCAAGUUGCGGGUGCUGCGUACUGUGUACGGCCAUUUGCUUCGCCUUGGUGGUGCCCAUCUUCCUAGCCUCCUUACCCUCCUACUCCGUCAACUACAUCCACUUGCCUGCGCCACCACCCGCCGCCGCCCCCGCCCUAAACAGGACCACAGGCGUCGUCAUCAUAGGUAAUAACAAUAACAAUAAUAAUAACAACAGCCGCCGUCUCUUCUUCUCUCUCCGCCUCCACAACAAGAUGAAGCUGAUGAGUGUUAAGUACGACGAUCUUCAGCUCAGCUUCUUCUUCGGCGGCAUGCCCAUAGGCAACGCCACGCUGCCUGGUUUUGAGCAGCCUCGUGGGCACACCACUUCUAAAGCCGGGACGGUGUACGUAGUUGAUCCGCCGCAGGGACCAGUGUUGCUGGAGGCUGCAGCAGAGGCGGCGGUCGUUCUCCGGGUGGAUUUGGUUACUGUGGUAAGGUACAAGUCAUUGUUCUGGUACGGGAAAAGGCGCCCUUUCACCGUCUCAAAUACUGCCAUCCUCCCCCCCAUAAAUUGAUUGCUCAACCAGAGAGAUGGAUAGAUAUAUUGCCACCGGCCGGCCGGAAUUAAGGUCGGCGAUCCAUGCCCCAUCACAUAUCUCAAGCCUCCUCUUUAGUGGUUAAAUGCAUAAACGGC